CCAGACAAACUUGCGGGGCAGCAGAAAUAACCCUGAACGCUGGAAACUGCGAAACCGCGGCCAGUCGUGUUGUGCGUCUCAAAGUGGUAACAAGUGAUCUGCAAACAUGGGUCUGGACACAGAAGACUGGGCGGACGAGCUCCCUCCGGAACAGAUUGCCGUCCUUCGCAAGGCCUUCGAUGGCUUCGACCACAACCGCUCGGGCAGCAUUCCCUGCGACUUUGUUGCUGACAUCCUCAGGAUGAUGGGUCAGCCCUUCAAUAAAUCCAUCCUUGAAGAGCUCAUUGAAGAAGUCGACGCUGACAAGUCUGGUCGCCUUGAGUUCGGUGAAUUCGUAACCUUAGCCGCCAAGUUCAUCGUAGAAGAAGACGCCGAAGCCAUGCAGAAAGAGCUGAGGGAGGCGUUCAGAUUGUAUGACAAGGAAGGCAACGGUUACAUUCCCACGUCGAGCUUGAAGGAGAUCCUUCGCGAGCUGGACGACGCUCUGUCGGAGGAGGAGCUCGAGGGACUCAUCCAGGAAAUCGACACUGAUGGCAGCGGUACCGUAGACUUCGAUGAAUUCAUGGAAAUGAUGACCGGAGAAUAAACAGCUGCUCUCUUCCCUAUAAACUUUUGAUUUAAUAUAAGGAAUCUCCCUACAUCUUUAUUUCGGUCCUUCAACCUUUCGAAUCUUGAGAUAUUGGACAAGAGGACUAACAGGAACAAAAUGGAAGUAAACAGCUAAACUUCAUUGGUUAACAAGAAAGUAUUAUGUAUGUAUUGUACAAAAUAAUCUUGUAAUAUUUGAUGUGUGUGACUGCGCUAUGUUUAUAUACUUAUUAAUAAAUCUUUUAUUCUAUUA